AUGUCCAUAGAGGAUAUUGCACUACCUGCCAGCGCGCUUCGCGGCUCGGAAGAGCAGGCGAACGCGAUGCGGCGACAGCUGGAGCGACAGGCUAACGCGUAUCGGCUCAGUUCGGCUAGCUCCACGGAGUUGACUUCCGCGGAAUUGCCCCCCCCGCCGUUGGACUCCGCAGAGCUGGCUUCCGCCGCUUCCGCGGACACAGCGGAGGGCGCCCCCAGCGCCCCCAGCGCGGACGCCGUUGCUAGCGCCGAGGAAGGUCAGAAACCGGAAAACGCUCCUUCCAACGAGGAUGCUUCUAGCGCGGAUGACACGUCAUCCGUGAGUAGCGAUCAGCCGGAGCCGCCGGAGGAGUUUAUUUGCCCGCUCUCCCUCGAUAUAAUGUUCGACCCCGUUAUAGUGGAAUCCGGGCAGACGUACGAGCGUGCUUUUAUCGAGCGCUGGGUCGCGGACGGCCACAAGACGUGCCCUAAAACGCGCCAGCCGCUCCCGUCGGGCGCGAUAAUACCGAAUCAGAUCCUUCGCGCGCUGAUCACCGAUUGGUGCAAGCGGAACCGCGUUGCGCCGCCGACUCCGAUCUCCGCGGACGAUGUCGCGCUCGCGUUCUCCGCUGGCGGCGCCAAGGGCGCGGAAGGGGGCGCGGGGGGGCUGGCGGCGCAGCGCAGGCGGGAGUAUGCGGCGGCGGCGGUGCGCGCAGCGGCGGUGGCGGUGGAGUCGGAGCGCAGGCAGCGCGCGCUGAUGGAGCAGGUGAUGGCGGACCGCGCGGCGGCGGCGGCGGAAGGGCGGAGGGCAGACGGGCGGCCGGGGGACCGCGCGGCGGUGGACGAGCUCACGACGCGCCAAGCGCGCAUUCAGCAAAUGCGCGCAGCCGCGGGGCAGGGGCAGGGGCGCGGAGGGGGGAACGCGGGCGCGGACGCCCGCGCAACUGCAGCUGGGGCGGCUGCGGGGACGGGGAGGGGAGGGGCGGCGGAGGAGAGGGGGGGCCAGGCGGGUGCGGGGGGAGACAUGGGGGGAAUGGCAGACAGAACCGCUAGGGUUUCCGCUGGUGCUUCCGCUGGUGCCCCUGCUCCUGCCGAACCUCCCUCCAGACCUGCCGCAGCUCGCGUGGCGGCUCGGACGGCGGCUCGGGAGGCUGACGAUGCCGAGGACCGAUAUGGGAACGGGAUUCCGGACCACCUGCUAGCAGGCUUGAGAGGAGGCUCGGGAGGAGGUUUGGGAGGGGCUGGGGGAGAGGAAUUCCAAAUGCUAGAUGUAGACAAUUUAGUCAACCACAUGCGCACCGGGCCGCCCGAGGAAAAAGCCGCCGCCGCCGCCCUGCUCCGGGUGAUGACCCGGCACGGGUUUGCGUGCGGGCGGCGGGUUUUGGAAGCGGGCGGCGUGGGGCCGUUAGUCGACCUCCUAUGGUCCGACGACGAACCCACCGCGGAGCACGCGACCACUGCUCUCUUCAACCUCGCUCUAGAAGCCUCCGCUAGGAUGCGUAUCGUGGUUACCACGGGGAGUAGAGUUGUAGAAGGGCUAGUUCACGUGCUUUCUUCCGGUGCCCCAGCUGCUAGGGCCAACGCAGCAGCGGCUCUUUUUCUCCUUUCCCGCGACACUGGCGCCAACAGCAGUAUCAACAGCGGGGCACGGGCCGCAGCCGAGGCGAAUUCGUUUCGCGAGGCGGUGGUAACCGCAGGAGCGUUACAGCCGUUACUAGACCUGCUCCUAGACGGGCCCACCCGGGCCAAAAAAGACGCAGCGAACCUCCUGGUUUCCCUCUGCAUGGCCCGGCCAAACCGAUCCAGCGUGGCCAAAGCCGGUGCAGUGCGGUGCUUGUGUCAGUUACUCAGCGAAGGGGUGGAAGUGGUAGAAGAGCAAGCAGCGGCGGUGUUUGCGGCGCUGGUGAGAGAUCCUGAGGGGAGAGAGGUGUUGGUGGAGGAAGGGGCGGUGCCAGCGCUGGCUGAGUUGGUGGAGGGGGGCACGCAGGGGCGGGCGAGGGAGUAUGCGGUGGGGACGCUGCUGGGGCUUGGCGCGAGUAACAGGGAGUGGCUGGUGGCGAUUGAUGAGGAGGGGAUUUCUGCCUCGGUAGAUGUGCUCACACGCGUGGGGACAGGGAAGACACAGGCCAAGGUGAGUCACAACCAAGGGUGGGAGGGGAUGGAACGGUCGCAGGGGCGGGCGAGGGAGUAUGCGGUGGGCUCGCUGCUGGGGCUUGGCGCGAGUAACAGGGAGUGGCUCGUUGCGAUUGAUGAGGAGGGGAUAUCUGCCUCGGUAGAUGUGCUCACACGCGUGGGGACAGGGAAGACACAGGCCAAGGUGAGUCAUGAGUGGGGUUGUGAGCUUGCCUGA